AUGGAUGAACUGACCAAUUUGUGGAAUAGAUGUGCCUUUGCACGUAUUUGCGUUCGCUUGGAUUUAUCAAAGAAGCUACCUAAGGGUGUGUGGGCUCAUGAACUGGGAGGCUCUUUUUGCCAACCUAUUGAGUAUGAGGGCAUUCCUCUGAUUUGUUUGAACUGUGGGAAGGUCGGUCAUAAGGCGGAGGUGUGUAAGGAAUCCAGAAAUAUGGUUAAUGUGCACCCGCCCCCACCUACUACGAUGGGGCCUGCUCCCCCUAUGCACAGGAAGGAUAUGGAGGUGGACCAUGUUGAGGUCGAACGUAUGAGCAUGAAGAUAGCUUCGGCUGAUGGGUCACCCGGGUUGGAUAACGAAGAGCAAGGGGAGUGGACUAUUGUCAAUAGAAGAAGGAGACCCAAAUCAGUUAGGGUGGUGGAGAGUUGCUCUACGCUGGGGUCUACACAAUUGCCUGGCACCAGGCGGCGGAAACGUGGUGAAGCUACUGCUUCCCCUGCUCAAAAAUUGACCCCAAGAGUGUUGCAUUUUUCUGGAACGAAGUCAGAUGUUCAUAAGGUGAAAAAUGUAAACACAAGAGGAGCUAAAGACAGACGGAUGAAAGAAUUGGGGUGCAUUGGUCCCCUUCAGAAGUUGCCUGGUGUCCGUAGGAACAGAGACAGACGGGAAGGGAUUACUCCCCUACAAUCCGAGCUCAAUGUAACGAUCAAGGAUUGCUCCUUUGGUGGUAGAAUGGAUAAGAAGUUUGCGGAUCAAUGGAAAGAGGUUUUCUCGGAUGUUUUUUGCGGCGGGGACGCUUCCCCUUUGGUGGAUAAUGUUUAA